AUGAUGGGGACAAGAACACGUGUAGGAUACUCGUUGCUGCUGCUAAUCUCGGCCGUCGUGCUAGGCUUGACCUUCUGGGACAAGUUACAGGAGACACUGCGUCUUACGUACGAACACCGCUCAUUAAGUGCUAACCGUGAUGCAGCAUUCAAGAGCGUUUCUGUUUAUCGCAACGGACAUUCGACUGGUGGUGUACAAAUGCAGCUUAGUGCAGAGCUACUGGCUGCUCGCACAGGAGAGGGAGAGCUAGCAGCUUAUUUGUCCCAGUUCAUAGCGGUAGAAGGGCUUCACGAGUCUGUCACGGACGAGUCCAAGUCGUUGGAUGGGAGUAAAGAAAAGGAAUAUGAUGUGCUUGGUGUCGUAGCCGAUCGCGUGUUCAACGGCCGUGGAGAGCUAUUGCAAACCUACGCAGACAUUCAGUCGGGAGAUCGACUCUAUCUUGUUGCCCCAGGGCUUUUAUUCGUGUGGCCUUUUGUCGAACUUGGUCAUCGCGUGACUGUGACGUCGAUAGCCAGUCCGACCAAGGAGCCGAUUAUCAUUGAGUCUAUCUCGGAAUCUCCACGGACGUUCCGUCUGCACAAUUUCUUCAGUGGCGAGGAGGCAGAUAAGCUAAUUAAGCGUGCAUUGGAGAUUCGCGAACCGCUUAACAAGCUGCAGCCGUCUUCAGUGGGCCUAUUGCAGAGCCAACAUAGGAAGUCUAGCGGUCGCACAAGCGAGAAUGCGUUUGAUACCGUUUCGGAUACAUCGGUGGCAAUUCAACAUCGCGCAUUUGACUUGCUCUCGCUAGGGGAGUUCAAACAAGACAUGUGCGAUGGUAUUCAAUUGCUGCGAUACCAGCAGAAGCAAGCGUAUACUGUUCACUCUGACUACUACCCUGUGAACCACGUAGAUGACUUCAACUUUGAUCCGCAGAAGGGAGGCUCAAAUCGUUUUGCUACUGUCUUUUUAUACCUUUCGGACGUGUUACACGGUGGACAGACCGUGUUCCCGCUAGUUGAAAUGCCUGAGGGUCUCCCGGUCGAGUAUGGCCACCCGUCGAACGUGGCUCAAGACUAUGAGGCCAUUGGGGCAGAACUAUUUGAGGCAAGCAGCUGGGAGAUCGACAUGGUGAAGAAGUGCUCGACAAAGUUGGCGUUUUAUCCUUCGAAAGGUGGUGCAGUGCUAUUCUACAGCCAGAAGCCGAAUGGUGAAUUGGACCCCAUGUCGGAGCACGGAGGCUGCCCUGUGCUCGAAGGCACCAAGUGGGCAGCCAAUCUUUGGAUGUGGAACAAACGCCGCCAUGGCCUGGAUGUGGACGUAUACAGCGUUACCUUCACAAACCCAACGUCGCGUCGAGUGGGUCUGUAUUGGUCAGACAAGCUAUUGGGUACUCUCGCAGCCAGCGGUGGUACGCUUACCUUCACUACAUACGCGAAUGUCCAGUGGGUAAUCAAAAGCGACAAUCACAUUCUGCUUGAAUUCAUCGUUGAUGCCAAGAACGGUAAGAAACAGACUGUUACUGUUCCGUCACUUGACGAAAAAUCUGCAACACAAUUGGAAGACAGUAUGGAAGUCAAUGUGAAGAAGACGAACGACAAUGUCAAUUUUCUUGACGAGCUGUAG